AUGCAGGGACAGGUAUUGGAGAAGAGGGAGAAGAAUCAACAGGAGAGUUUGGAUCGGGCCAGCCAGACCCGGUCCACCUUGACCGUCCGUCGAUGGGCCACGCCUACGGCCAAGCAUCGGUCCAGUUACCGGCGGGUGCUCUCCCACCUCUUCCAAUUUGACCAAGCGUUGGCUGGUUGGCUGGGCGUGUUGCGUGAGGAGCUCCGCUCUGCCAGCUUCAAUUCUUUUGGGGGAGGUACCACCGUCCACCGAGCAUCCCAUGCUCCCUCGUUCUUUCCUGCCUUUGGUCACUCCGGUAAUGGGAGAAAGUGGACAUACCUAGCAAUCUUAGCAAGCAAACGGUUUGACCUGUGGCUGAAUCCGAGCAAUGCUUCCAUUGAGAGAAACAAGCCAUCAACAACACUGCGCCUGGGCAAGUACCUCGACCGGUCGGACAGCAAGAGGGGUACUUCGGACAGCUACGAACAGCCCCUCUAUUUCCUCUUACCACCACGGAUCCAAUCGUCGCCUCUGCUUUUUUUGGUCUCUCUGGGUCAAGGAGCCAUCAAUAAUGGCGGGGGCCUAGACCUGACACCACCGAAACCGCCUGCAACAGACCACCUGAACCUGGGCAAACGGGUUGCGACUAUUAUCAUCACGCAGGGUGACGUCUCACCGAGACUGAUUCUCGGUGUAAUUUUCCCAUCUACACCUCAGAUACUUGGUUCACCCGCAACAACGAAUCUCCGCCUCACAACCCCUCCAUCCCACCCACACCCAGCCCAUGCUAUCCCGACCGACCAUUUCCUUACCUCAUGUGCGCCGGGCCCCGGAAAAGCCAGACCAAUCGCGCUGCUCCAUGACGAUAACCUCCCCCGGGGAGCCAUGAACUCAUCCCGUCCGCUUCCCCCUAAGCCCAUUGCCGAAGGCCCGGAAAGAUGCGGGAUCGCGUCCAGCUUCCAUCCUUUGCCCGCCGAAAACCGACUCUGCACGCCUUCAAAACGCCCCUCGACGCCAUUCUUUCCUCGGCACAAUCGACCUCCAAGGCACGAUACCUUCUUUCAUUGCCGGAAGAAUUACCCACGCUUCGGCUCAUCUCGUGUCUCUGAUAUCGUGCCUCUCCACUUCCAACAACUCGCCUGUCCACCUUCCGGCGCAAACACGAACUCGCAAUCUCGAAUCUCGGUCAACCAAUGGAUGACGCCGAAACUGGGAAUCUCUUGGAGCUCAUCUAUUCAGUUCUACCGCCGUCUUAACCAAUAUCUAGCACUCGUCAUCUUCGCCAGCGUUCCAUCCCGGGAAACGCUGGCCACCUCGGCCAUCUCUCCGCCCUGCCAUGUCUUCAUUAGCGCCGUCAAGUCAUGGUCGAGAUCCAGCUCCUCCAUUGCCUCUGCAACAAAGGUCUGGUCUGCUUGA